UUCUUUUGCUUCAAAAUGGCUGAUCAGAACGAGCGCGCCUUCCAAAAACAAUUUGGUGUGAACCUAAACCGCAAGGUGAAGCCUGGCGUCACCAAGAAGAAGAUCCUCCGCCGUUAUCGUGAUGUCGGUCUGGGUUUCAAGACCCCUCGUGAGGCCAUCGAUGGUACCUACAUUGACAAGAAGUGCCCCUGGACUGGUGAUGUUCGUAUUCGUGGUCGCAUCCUGAUCGGUGUUGUCCGCAAGACGAAAAUGCAGCGUACCAUUGUCAUUCGUCGUGACUACUUGCACUUUGUGCGCAAAUAUAGUCGUUUCGAGAAGCGUCACCGCAACAUGAGCGUCCACUGCUCGCCCGCAUUCAGAGAUGUUGAGCACGGCGACAUUGUCACCAUUGGCGAGUGCCGUCCCCUCUCAAAGACUGUGCGCUUCAAUGUACUGAAAGUCAACAAGGGUCAGGGCGCCAAGAAGAGCUUCAAGAAGUUUUAAAUGAGGACACCAGCGGAAAAGAUAAUAUUUGUAGAAUUUAUUCUUUUUGAAUAAAACAAAAAUUUAACUUUAA